AUGGGGGGAAGGAGAGGGCGAAAGAAGUCCCAUCUCAAAAUGCCCAAGGGCAAGAAGGACAACAACCCGGCGGCGAGCGGUUCGUCCCCACCGCCGCCGCCUCCGCCAUGGAUCGAACUCCCCCGAGACGUGACGGCGAAUAUUCUGCGACGGCUCGCCCCGGUGGAUAUACUGGAAAAUGCUCGGGGAGUGUGCACCACCUGGCGGAGCGUGUGCCGCGAGCCCUCGCUGUGGCGCGUCAUCGACCUGAAAACUUGCGACGACAACCCCAGAAGAUUAUUCGGUCCCGACGACACGUGCCGUCUUGCGGUGGACCUCAGCCAGGGGGAGCUGAUCGAGAUUAACAUCGGACAUUUUGGCACCGACGAUUUGCUGCUCUACGUUUCCGUUCGAUCGAGCAAUCUCAAACGCCUCACACUCGCGCGUUGCGAUUGCAUAUCGGGCCUAGGUCUGACCAGAGCCGUUAAGAACUUUCCGGAACUAGAAGAGCUUCACCUCGUUUUCAUGCCGGGAAUCAGUGCUUUGGACAUUGAGUCCAUCGGCAUCUCUUGCCCUAACUUGAAAUCUUUCACGUUCAACAACCGUGCAUUCAGGUUCCCUCUUGUCGAAACAGACGAUAGUUAUGCCAUGACAAUCGCGAAGAACAUGCCUAAUUUGCAGCACCUUCGACUUUUCGGCAACCGGUUGACCAGUCAAGGGCUCGAAGCCAUUCUUGAUGGGUGCCCCCGUUUGGAGUCCCUCGACCUAAGGCAGUGCUUUAUGAUAAUGGCUGACUUUCAAGGUGAUCUGGGGAAAAAGUGUGUUGACCGGAUUAAGCACGUGAGGGGGCCUUCCGAUUCGACUGCAGACUACGAGUGGGAUGCCCGGAUUUUCGAUGACGAGGAUGAUGUGUUUGAUGAUGAUUAUGAUGAUAUCUACUACUCUGAUGACUAUUAUGAGGAUUAUGGGGAUUAUGGAUUUUACGAGGAUUAUGAUGACUACACGAACCCUUUCAAUGACUUGCCGUUUCCGGCUAAUCAGGUGUGGUAUAUGGAUGACUUCGGGGACUAUAUCUGA